GCUAAAAGAACAGGGUGAUAAAGCUAUUUAAUUAUAGUGACAUCUUCCACUUUCUUUCUGAUAGUUGCGUUCAGUAAAGUUCAAAUACAUGUAAAUACACAAAUGGCGAGCUCUCUGGAUUUCAGGACCCAUGUUGACCAGUCAUGCAGAUAUUCAGAAGAAUUUGUCAACAUUUACUAUGACUGCAUGGAUAAGAAAAGGAGGAACUUGACCCGGCUCUACCUUGACAAGGCGACCCUGGUGUGGAAUGGGAAUGCGGUGUCAGGGCAGGAUGCUCUUGGCGAGUUUUUUGAGGCUUUGCCUUCAAGCGAGUUUCAAGUUCAAACACUGGACUGCCAGCCAGUUCACGAACAAGCAACCCAAGGCCAGACGACACUACUCGUGGUGACUGGUGGGACAGUCAAGUUUGAAGGGAACAAACCUCGCUUCUUCAACCAGAACUUUCUUUUGACAGCUCAGGCGUCGCCCAACAACGACGUGCCUGUUUGGAAGAUUGCAAGUGACUGUUUCCGAUUUCAAGACUGGAAUAGCUGAGGCUCUCCUCAUUGAUGCUUUCCCUCUGUAACGUGGAUGAACACUCAACGGUGAUACUGUUUGUUUAUAUUUUGUUUUUGUAAUAAAAUCAAAUUCAUACAACACUGAA